AUGCGGGACAUAAAACUCGACCCUUCUCUUCUCGCCCACCUGGCCGGCAAAACCGCCAUCUUGACUGGUGGCGCCGGAGGAAUUGGGGCCACGACUGCAAAACUACUCCUAGACCAUGGCGCGAACGUGGUAAUAGCAGACCUGGAGAAUACACGGCCCAUGGUCGAGACAAUGUUCAAAGACCUCCCUGAUUCUACCCAUGGACGACUCCAUUUCGUCGCGACGAAUAUCGUAAAGUGGGACCAAAUGACAGCACUCUUCCAGUCCGCCAGAGCCAGAUUCGGGCCUAUACACCUGGUAAUCGCCAACGCAGGAGUCAUGGAAACCGAGCCGGUCCUGGACAUGGACGAUCUCGACGAACACGGAAACCUGAAACAGUCCGAGGCAUUUUCCAGCGUCAUCGAUAUAAACGUCAAAGGCACAAUGAACUGCCUCCGCCAGGCACUAUUCAGCAUGAAGACCAACGAACCAUGCUACCAUGAUGGAUCGCGCGGCGCAUUGGUCCUUGUAAGCUCGAUUUCGGGCUACUUUGGUGGUACGGGUGUUUCUGGGUAUAUUACCUCCAAGCAUGCGGUUACAGGGAUGCUGCGUGGAUCUCAGCUUGCUGCGAGGAAGUAUGGUAUUCGAAUGAAUGCUGUUGCGCCUUUCGUUACUCCUACAGCCAUGGCGGGUGGAUUUUCAGAGGCGUGGCGAGAUAAAGGUCUGCCGAUUAAUACGACCGAUGGCGUUGCUAGGGCUAUCUUGACGCUGGCAGUUAACUCGGAGGAAAAUGGGUCUUGUUAUAUGAUUUCGGGUUCCAUUCUUCGAGAGGCGGAGCAUACUCAGAAGCCCUUACUGGCGGAAUGGCUGGGAGAGGAUCUAGCAAAGGUAUUCGGGGAUGCGAAUGACUUUUUUAAGUGUCAGGGGGGGUAUAAAUUGCCAAAGCGAGUCGAGGGUAGUUUAUAG